GAGAGAGAAUUGGUACGGCACAGACACACACACACACACACACGCACGCACGCACGCACACAGACACACACACACACAGACACACACACGCACACACGCACACACGCACAUUCAGACACACACGCACACGCACAGUCACAGAGAGGCGCUCCAUCACAGUUAAGUCGGUCGGACUAGCUGCUGCCUGCCAGUCUGCCUGCAUGCCUAGACCCCACGCUCGCUGCAGGAUCGAUAGCGGCUUUUGUUUGUAUUUUUAAAUCAAGACCGAGACACGAUCGCUCCUCGACGACCGAACUACAAACCGAACCUGCUCCACGUCCAGACUGCGCUGAACUAAACAGAAGCACGCAGUCUUGUGCGGGUAAGGGGAGAGGCGGACUCUUCCCGAUUCCUGUCAUGUCUGCUCGCUAGUACUCCCCGAUCUCUAUGGUGCCACCCCCGCUCUGAGACAUGGUCUCCCCUGCAGCUCUGUGUGUCUGCCUGCUUGCCUGGGGCCUGGGGCUGGGCUCUACCACUCCAGUCCCGGAGAGGGGAGCAGCCCCAUGUUCCCCCACAUCCUUCCAGGGAGAGACGAGCAGCCCAGUGACAGGACUUGAACUGGCCUCUCCUGCAGACAAAGGGAACGAAACAGGAGAAAGGAGGGAGGAGAAAAAAUGCCUAAGGAGCACUGCUGCCUCGCCCCCUGCUCCCAUACUGGGAACAGGAUUUGGGGUGCUGUCACAGAAUCCCCUGCAGUCAGCCCUUGUUGUCAGCACCCCCGAGGAGUCUGAGCAGCCCGGGACAGUGCAGCUCCUCUCUGGGAACCCAAGCCUAAGUGCUGUAGAACUGACAGCGUUGCCUGGAGACGUUGCUAGGAUACCGUCCUCCCCUAGCCCCGUUGCCAUGGGCACCACAAACCGCACCCCAUUGGUCAAUCAGACUCCAGAAAGAGAGGGGGCGGCUCAACACGGUCUGGAGCUCCUUUCUGGAAGCAAAAAUGCAAAGAGAAGGGCGGGUGGAGAGAAGGGAGAGAGGGGAAAGGGGGAUGGAGUCACAGAGAAGCUGCCAGCCCCAGGAAGGGGCACAAUAGCGGGGCCUGCAAGAGGGAGAGACGGGGGGAUGACUGAAAGCAGACUUUUGUCUUGGGGGCAGCGUCUCAAUAUAAAGGCUGGAGGGGCCCCUAGUGAGGUUGUUGGAGGCAACCAGGCUUGGGGGUUGAAUCCUACAGGGUUAGGCACAGCCUCGAUACCUUCUAGUAUCAUGGAAGCAGCAACCACAGGGGCAGUGAAACCCAGUGCAGUGACUGCAUCACAGCACCCCCUGAUGAGAGGGCCAGUGGAGCCCAACUGGGGCACAGCUAGACAGGCUGGAGCAGUCCAGCAGGGGGCAGACUCCACACAGCGAGGGGGUGAGAUGGAAGAUGGAAUCCGAGCAAGUCCGGAACAUCCUGGGAAGACAGAAGAGGAGGAGGAGGAGGGACCAGGAGAUCGGGAAUCGGACAGGGAAUUGCUUCCGAAACCCAGGAAGACUGGGAAGAGUGAGAGGCUCAGGGGUGGAACAGCAGAACGGCACAAGGAGAGAGCUGGGUUAGCAGAGGAAGUCCCGGGUGCGAGAGAUACCCAAACCGACGGUGUGCAAAGGGGCUGGAAAUCAGAAGAGAGCAGGGCUGGACUGAGGAACUCAACGCUGCUGAAGAUACAGCCCACACCAGACGAGACCAAGUCAUCUCAGACAGGCAUCGCAGUGCGUCCCCAGUACCCGGGUGUAUCGGGUGUAAAGGAUACCUGGCAUUCUCAAGGGUUCCUCGGGGAGCCUGGGAUCAGCCUGACACACAGUCCCGAGGGGGGGCUAAUAUCCAGCUCUGCUCCCUCCCCCAACCCCACCGUGUCACAUCCUGGGACAGGGGGCCCCACACUGCAGGAGGCAGAUUCCUCUGCUCUGUACAGCGUGACAGAGUCUCACCAGACCUCAGCAGCAGAACUCCUCUCCAGUUCCACACAGGAUCCCCUGACUGCAGCGGAGACAGCCACUCACUCCUUAAGAGAACCUACUGUAGCAGAAAAUGAGGGGACGGCUGUCACUCUACCCCCCGAAGGGGCCCCGCUGCCAUCAGAACCCUUCAUCUCAGUACCCCGUGAAGGGACCCCACUUGUGUCAGAGUCAACCAUCACUGUACCCCCUGAAGAGAUCUUAUCACAGUCACCUGACUCUGUACCCCUUGAAGAGAUCUUACCACCAUCACCUGACUCUGUACCCCCUGAAGAGAUCUUACCACAGUCACCUGACUCUGUACCCCCUGAAGAGAUCUUAUCACCAUUACCUGACUCUUUACCCCCUGAAGAGAUCUUAUCACAGUCACCUGACUCUGUACCCCCUGAAGAGAUCUUACCACCAUCACCUGACUCUGUACCCCCUGAAGAGAUCUUACCACAGUCACCUGACUCUGUACCCCCUGAAGAGAUCUUGCCACCAUCACCUGACUCUGUACCCCCUGAAGAGAUCUUACCACCAUCACCUGACUCUGUACCCCCUGAAGAGAUCUUGCCACCAUCACCUGACUCUGUACCCCCUGAAGAGAUCUUACCACCGUCACCUGACUCUGUACCCCCUGAAGAGAUCUUACCACAGUCACCUGACUCUGUACCCCCUGAAGAGAUCUUACCACCAUCACCUGACUCUGUACCCCCUGAAGAGCUCUUAUCACAGUCACCUGACUCUGUACCCCCUGAAGAGAUCUUAUCACCAUCACCUGACUCUGUACCCCCUGAAGAGAUCUUAUCACAGUCACCUGACUCUGUACCCCCUGAAGAGAUCUUACCACCAUCACCUGACUCUGUACCCCCUGAAGAGAUCUUAUCACCGUCACCUGACUCUGUACCCCCUGAAGAGCUCUUAUCACAGUCACCUGACUCUGUACCCCCUGAAGAGAUCUUACCACAGUCACCUGACUCUGUACCCCCUGAAGAGAUCUUACCACCAUCACCUGACUCUGUACCCCCUGAAGAGAUCUUAUCACCGUCACCUGACUCUGUACCCCCUGAAGAGCUCUUAUCACAGUCACCUGACUCUGUACCCCCUGAAGAGAUCUUACCACAGUCACCUGACUCUGUACCCCCUGAAGAGAUCUUACCACAGUCAUCUGACUCUGUACCCCCUGAAGAGAUCUUACCACCAUCACCUGACUCUGUACCCCCUGAAGAGAUCUUAUCACCAUCACCUGACUCUGUACCCCCUGAGGGAGCCCCACUGGUUCCAGGCUGGUCAGACGCUGCAGAUGAUCUAGAUGAAGUCCCUCCCCUUCUCUCCGAAACCCUGCCUCCCGGAAUCUUUAACAUUUCAGAAACCCCGCCCCCCGGACCCUUGAAAAGUUCAGAAACCCCGCCUCAUGGAACGUUCAGAAAUCCCAAAACUGCACCCUCUGGAACAUUUGGAAAUCCCGAAACCCCGCCCUCCAGAAUCUUCACAUCAGAAACCCCGCCCCUGACAACCAGACUGCCCCCGACGUCUGUCACUAUGGCAACCAGCCUGAUGUGGCCGCCCGCCGAAGCUCGGCUGGAUGAUCUGGAGAAACUGGAGUCUGAAGAGGAUCGAGAAGAUAAUGUCAGUGAGGAUGAAGACGAGGAGGAGGAGGAGGAGGAGGAGGAGCCCCCCAACUCUGAUGAAGCUGAGAGUGUGGAGGAGAGUGAGCCCCCGGAGGUCUCCACGACCACCCCCUUGCACAGCCACACCCCCUUCCAUCUGCCAGAGGGGUCCGAGUGGGCACAGCGAAACCAGGGGCUGGUGCGAAGCUGGGUGGAGAAAAUUCGAGAUAAGGCUGGCUAUGUCUCGGGGAUGCUGGCUCCGGUGGGGAUCGGUAUCGUGGGUGCUCUGUUCAUCCUGGGCGCGCUCUACAGCAUCAAGGUGAUGCACCGCAAGAGGAGGAGCGGCUUCAAGAGGCAGCGGCGGAAGCACGGGGAGAUGAGCAACAGGCAGGACCGCGUGAUGCUAUUGGCCGACAGCUCAGAGGACGAGUUCUAAUCCCUCCCACAACCCCGCCCCCCUCCAGCAAUAAGCAUCGCCCCAAGUCUUGUUAUUGCCCUGCCCCCCUCGGAGGCAGCUCUCAUCUUCAUGACAUCAUCGAGAGAGUGCUGUGCCAGGCUGCGCUGUGUUCAUCUGCACAAGAUACUGCAAUCCCUCCUUCCUCUCACACUGGAGACAGAGAGAGGGAGGAGAGAGACAAAGAGAGACUGAACUAGGGAUGAGAGGUGGGAGUGAGACAGAGAAUGAAGGGGUAGAGAGGGAGAGAAGGAAGGGGUGAGAAUGAAAGAAGGUAGAGUGAAGAGGUGAGGAGAGGUGGACGGGAGAGGAGAGAGAGAAAAAGAAGGGUAGGAUGAAGAUAGAAGGGAGAGAGUAAAAUAAGGGAGAACGCAGUUGAAGGGGUGAGAGAGAGGGAAGAGGGGUGGUAUACAAUUUCACAGGAGAACGGGGAGGGGUGACAGAGAGAGAGAGUGGGAGGGGAGAAAGACCAGAGGUGAGAGAGGAAGAGUGAGCUAGAGAAGGAGCAAUGGAAAAAGAGAGGAGCAGGGGUGGAGAAGUGUUUGUAGACAGAUAGCUUCCACAGGUAGAUAGCAGAUAGAGGGAAGGGCUCCCAGUUAGAAAGAUGGAUGAGUGUUUUACCAGCCAUGGCACGAGAACGCACAGACACAGGACCCACAGCUCUUACACACAAGCUGUAUUGCUGGAGAACAGAUACGCUGAGGCACCGUGGCAAAGGAGGGCACGCGUUUGAACUGUUACACAAUCUGAGAUGGAUCGGCCAAUCACAGUGUAAGAUAGUGCAGCCAAUCACAACUUUAGACUGAUCAGCCAAUCACACGAAACCAUCGCAUGCUUCCAUUUAAUUGAUGAUAAUUGUAAGUAUUAAUAUUGCCAGUAGUAUUAGAGGUCACAUCCCUGUUAGGACGUCCCAGCAGCCAGUGCACUUCAGCCUGGUAAGAGUGUCUGUUAAGUCUUGCGCACCAAACAUGUAAAUAGAAUUCAAAACAUCCGAUUCCUUACCUUACCGAUAACGUAGAAAACGGGAAUGGAGACAGACAGUUUGGAAUUGGAGAAGCGAGUGAGAGAUCUGGACUGUGCAAGCUGCUGACAGCAGCCUUGGAAACAGACCACGAGAGAAGCCGCAGGAGAAGGAAGAGAAGAUCCAGCAAAGCCAGUCCCGGGCCGUAGGUCUUCAGGUGCAGGACUGUUUAUUGUUUAGCUGCAGCAUGACUUCUGAUAUCUUGAAAGGUGUGCCAGGGGCUGGCUGUUACUGUUAUAGGAGUUCUGUCUCUCUGCCUGUCUCACAGAGAAGCCCCCGACACGCCCCUGCCACGCCUGCCAGUACUGUAGAGAGACGUAUUACUGUGUAUUGUAUUGUACAUGCCUCUGAUAUCAUUUGAAAUGUACAGCAGGCACGGAAGCAAAGGAAAGCACUUUGUAAACUAGUCCCAUUCCUCCUCCUCUUAGUUAUUAUGACUGUUGUUCUGGUGUUAAUAAUUUUAUUGCUGUGACUCUUGCUAUUGUUGUGACUGAGUUGCUCGUCUGACUCGUCGUGUUUUUUCAACGGUGCAGUCUUCCCUUUGCUCUCUCAGAGGAGAUCCAGGUUUGGUCGGGUCUCUUUUCAAUCAUAAACUUACCCAACCCCCCCCCCCCCCCCCCAUGCAUCAGCUUCUAAUGAAUCACAAAAACACAGAAGGUCCUCCAGAACCUGUUAAACAUACACACAUCUUUUAACAUGAGCAUUGUGAUCUGCGCAUGGGAGGAUAUCUGUACACUGGAUGAGAUGGGCAGGGAUUCUGGCAGCUCAUUAUCACAUGGUAGAGCACAGCACAGGGGCACUGCGCUUCAGGAAGCCCUGUCCUUAGGGUGAUACAGCAAGCCCAGGUCCUGUCUGCUCUGUUAUUGCAUGGAAUGUGGUGCAGUUUGAAGCAGACAUCUAUUCAAACGGACGCAAUUAGCCCAUACUCAGUUUAUUUUACUUGAUCACACUUUUCCUUAAAUAAACGAUGACAUGUGGAAUCCA